GUGUUGUAUGUGUGUGAGUGUUUUAAUUCUUUGUUUAAGGCACAGACGCUUGCGCAUAAAACAUUUGUUUAUAUUGCAAAGUUUUCGGCGGAUCAUCUUCAGUUCUCAUAGAUCGAUCAAAACGAUUUAUUAAUUGGAUCUCUAGAACGUUAAUCAAAUUAUAUUUAAAAAAGCUGUGAUUUUUUGUUCAUUUUUUAAAAGAAAUUGAUAUAAAAAUGGCGCGUGCAGUGUUUUGCAUGGCCGUCGCUUGCAUUUUAGUGCAAUGCGCGUUCUCUGUUAAAUUAGAUGCAGAGAACCGACGUCUGAUUCUCGAUAUUAAAGAUCAGAAAACUACCAAUAAACAGUACUACUCGUCAAACUUUGACACAAACGCUUACCGUUACGGUUAUGAUAUUGGUAAGACCGGUAAUUUCCAUCACGAAACUCGUGGUCCCGAUGGCGUCACCUACGGCUGUUACGGUCACAUCGAUCCCUAUAAAAUUUUACGCGCCACACAUUACGUUGCCGAUAAUCACGGUUAUCGCACAGUCGAACCCGAAAAGCCAGUAGUAACAUAUCCCCUACCUGAUGAUCCCGCCACUGGCAAAAGCAACGGUGUCCUUUUGCAAUGGAACGAACUUUACUUCCCCAUUGGUUGCGGCAAGUUCGAAGGUGGUGUCCGCCCCAAUAUUCCCUUGAUUUUCGUCGAAGAUAACAAAGGAAAGGAGACAGUCGCUCUAGGACUUUCUAAAUUCCCUUCUAUAGUGAUUAAGGGUUCGGACCAAAAGAGUCCUCAGAUUCAUAGAUACGGUGAAAACAGUAAUAAGCGUGUAACUGGUGGAACAGGUCUAUUCGACACUGGUAAAGGUCAUACCUUCGAAGGUUCCCCAGGUGUUCAGUCCCCAUCUUCCCAUUCGGUUGCAGCCUUGAGACCCAGUGGUAAUGGAAAAUACAAUGGCAAUGGAAAAUACAAUGGAAAAAAUGAUAAUAACAAUGGCCAAUACAAUCAUGUUCCAAAUCCCUACGGUCAUGUAGUUGGUGCCCAAGGAGGACAUGGUGGUUUCGGUGGUAACGGAGGUCAUGGCGGUAAUGGUGGUAAUGGAGGUUUCGGUGGUAACGGUGGUGCCGGAGGUUUUGGACCCGCAGGAACUCCUGGUCCAAAUGGACCUCCUGGUCCUAAUGGACCUCCCGGACCUAAUGGACCCCCUGGACCACCUGGUCCACCCGGACCUCAUGGACCCACCUCCCCCGGACCUAAGGGACCUUUCGGACCACCAGGUCCUCCUGGACCAACUGGACCCGGCAGCUAUGGACCACCAGGACCCCCCGGACCUGAUGCUCCAGGAAAACCUGGUAAAUACGUAGGAAGCGGCAGUUCUGGAAACUAUAAUGUCGGCGCUGGCAAUGGUUAUAACAACAACGAUGGUCAUUCCGUGUCAGGUUUUCCUGGAGCCAACGGAUACACACAAGGAAAUGGUAAAUAUAAUAAUUAUGAUGAUGGUAGAUAUAAAGGCAUUCAAGAGGGUAAAUACUAUCAUGAUGAUUCUGGAAAAUAUGUUCAUAUUGAAGGUCCAACUGGUCCCCCAGCACCACCAUACGUCCACAUUGUAGGACCCAACGGCGGUUUUGGCGGCGAAGGCGGUUUCGGAGGCAAUGGUAAUGGUGGCGGUGUCGGACCCGGCGGCCCUAAAGGACCCGGUGGCCCCAAAGGACCCGGUGGCCCUAAAGGUCCUCCCGGACCUCCUGGCCCACCCGGACCUCCUGGACCUAAAGGACCAACUGCUCCCGGACCCAAAGGACCAUAUGGCCCUCCUGGACCUCCCGGCCCACCCGGACCAACUGCUCCUGGACCAAAGGGACCCUAUGGCCCACCCGGACCUAGCGCUCCUGGACCAAAGGGACCCCCUGGACCUCCCGGCCCUCAUUCUCCCGGUCCAUACGGACCUCCCGGCCCACCUGCCCCUGGUCCAUAUGGUCCUCCCGGCCCACCUGCUCCUGGUCCAUAUGGUCCACCCGGACCCAGUCGUCCAGGUCCACCAGGUCCCGCUCCUCCAAGUCCACCCAACUCUAACGGAAGACCACCAAAGAAACCUAAAGAUCCCAGAGAAUCCGAUUUGUCUGUUCCUGGCUACUUGCCUCCUCAUCAGAAAAAUGGUAAAAUAACUCAAACUAAUAAUACUUUUUCAUACCAAGUAGAUAGAGUUCCACCAACGAAUACCAAUACGCAGACAUCUUUUGUGUCCAAUUAUCCCCAAAAUAAUGACUACACACAAAAGAAGGUCACCACAACAACUACCACAACUUCCACUUCCACAAACACAAUCAAUAGCAAUAAGAAUAAUUUAGAAAUUAAUAAUCUUAAUGAUAAAACUGUUAAUACUAAACUAACCUAUAUUCCUCCUUCUUCUUCCUCCCCCGCUCCCAAACCCCAACAACCCAACAAUCAACAACAACAAAAAAUCCCACCAAACACAUAUAUCCUUACAAAUACCGCAAAUCUCCAGGUCCCGGAUACCACUAUUGAGAAGGACAAGCCCCAUACGACCUACACCACAACGACGACAACUAAUCAAAAUUAUGGUAAUAAUAAAUCAGAUUUGAAUAAAGAGAAGACAGUUGUAACGACUCAAACGAAUAAAAAUACAUACACAAAUACGAACACAAAUACAAAUACCAAUACUUAUAGUAGACCUCAGGUAGUUGAAAAGAUUACAACGACAACAAAUACGUAUUCUAGACCUCAAACCGAUAAGGUGACCACAGUAGAGAAGGUAACCACAACCAAUACAUAUUUACCUCCCCAAAAAGUGGUGACCACUAACACAUAUGAGAGUGGCAAACCCAUAACUGUUGAAAAAGUAAUAACUACAGCUUAUAAAACACCCGAAAAGGUGGUAACUACACAGACAGGAUCCUACGUUGAAUCUCAUGGUAAAGAUACGACUACUACCGUAUACAAAACACCUGAAAAGGUAGUGACUACAGGUUCAUACAUUGAAUCCCAUGACAAUGAUAAGACCUCGACCGUUUAUAAAACUCCCGAGAAGGUUGUAACAACAGGAUCCUAUAUACAGACCCAUGACAAUGAAAAGACAACAACGACCUACAAACAACCAGAAAAGGUUGUAACAACAGGCUCCUACAUUCAGUCCCAUGGCAAUGAUAAGACAACGACGACCUUCAAACAACCUGAAAAGGUUGUAACAACCCAAACAGGAAAUUACAAUGACAAAACGGUCACUACUACUUAUAAACAACCGCAGCCUUUCAAUCAAGUCAACAAGGAAAAGGUUACCGAAAAGGUUACUAGUACGUAUGUGAGCAACAAUGAGUAUCAGAAGAGAAAACCCGAACAACCACAACAACAAUUUACGACUGUGACAAAAACCGAAACUUAUACACAACAACAAAAUAAACAAAAUGUAACUCCCCGUCCCUCUUCCCCCUUCCCUACACAGAAUACUGACAACUUUUGCCCGUGUCUAGCUGAUAAGGCUCAUUCAUCCAAAACUUCAACUUCCUCAACCUCUUCCUUUUCCACCAAUGGUUUUUCCACAUCACAAAACAGCAAUCCUUCCUCUUCCUCCUACCUAAACAGCAACAAUUAUCAACAACAAUUCACGACUAAUGGCGGCUUCACAGGUCAAGCACACUUUGGUAGCAUAAUGAGUUCAAUGGCUUUGUUGCAACAGAUUCCCGUAGUUCCUCAAGUACCCGGUUAUCCAGCAUUCUAUCCCCCCGACAAAAUUCCCAAGGGAGCCAUUGUCGCUUUUAUGCCUGUCAUUAUACUGCCCGAAGCUGCCUAUACUAAAUGCGAUGAGAACUCCAAACAGUUUUCUAGCGAACAUAUUCAAAACCCAUUGGGAGUGCAACCCGCUUCAAUUCCCUUCGGAUUUAACUCCAUCUUCCCCAAUAGUGCUAAGAAAGACCAGUGCAUGUGCCCCUGCUCAUGCACCCAAAACAUACCAGAACAUCUUCACACAAAACGUGAAGUAGAGAAAGAUGAUGCAAAUACUGCUUCUAGCACCACUGACCACUUGACCGAAGAGACAAAAGUUGAUAGCAAAGUGAGUGAAAACAAUGACUCGCAGAUUGCAGCUGAGACCAAGGAAAUCGAUACGACUGCAACGAAAACGACCGCUGAAGCCGAACCUGAAAAGGCGGCUGUAGUAGUCGAAGACGAGAAAAAAGAAUAAAUUAACGACGUUUGAGUGAAUAUUCCCGUUCCAAAUGAAACAAAAUAUCAAUCCCGAUUUCCAAUUCCCGUCUCCCAAUUCCUGCUUCCUGUACGUCUAAUGAUCCCGCUCCCGAUCCUCAAAUCCCAAUGCGAUUAUAUACUAACUCAAAUGAUAACAAACAAUGACAAAUUAAAAUGUGUUCGCUUUUUUUAUUAUUAUUUCUUUAUCACUACCUAAUGUAUUGUAUUAUUAUGUAUGAUGUAUUUGUUACUAAAAAAAAAAUUGUUAAAAAGUUCUCCUCUCCACCACCAAAACACCCACAUACCAAUCUAUACUCUAAAACAAAAAAAAAAGAAAAAAAUUUUUGAAUGAAUGAAAUAAUAAUGAUAUUAACGAUAUAA